AGGAACUGCUCAUAUCUACAACAGAACUUAAGGAAAUGUCUGAGUACUACUUUGAUGGAAAAGGAAAAGCCUUUCGACCAAUUAUUGUGGUGCUAAUGGCCCGAGCGUGUAAUAGUCAUUAUAAUAACUCCCGCGGGAGCCCUGUCGGCUGAUAGAACUUGUGAUAAUGGAAGUGGUGCCCAACUUAGGAAUGCUGAGAAAAGCUAGAGGCCUUGACAGUUUCUUUAAGAUCCGAUGUCCACUUUUCACAAGAUGAUUGCUGAGAAGGUUCUAGGAGGCGCCUCUGUUAAAAAAAAGCAUUGCUUUCUGUUAACUAGAGAUAUGCAAGCCAGCCAGCGCUCCAUAGCCUUAAUUGCAGAAAUGAUCCACACUGCUAGUCUGGUUCACGAUGACGUUAUUGAUGAUGCAAGUUCUCGAAGAGGAAAACACACAGUUAAUAAGAUCUGGGGUGAAAAGAAGGCUGUUCUUGCUGGAGAUUUAAUUCUUUCUGCAGCAUCUAUAGCUCUGGCACGGAUCGGAAAUACAACUGUUAUAUCCAUUUUAACCCAAGUUAUUGAAGAUUUGGUGCGUGGUGAAUUUCUCCAACUAGGGUCAAAAGAAAAUGAGAAUGAAAGAUUUGCCCACUAUCUUGAAAAGACUUUCAAGAAGACCGCAAGUCUGAUAGCCAACAGUUGUAAAGCAGUCUCUGUCCUAGGAUGCCCUGACCCAGUGGUGCAUGAGAUUGCCUAUCAAUAUGGAAAAAAUGUGGGAAUAGCUUUUCAGCUUAUCGAUGAUGUAUUGGAUUUCACCUCCUGUUCUGAUCAGAUGGGCAAACCAACAUCUGCUGAUCUGAAACUUGGGUUGGCCACCGGCCCAGUCUUGUUUGCUUGUCAGCAGUUCCCAGAAAUGAAUGCAAUGAUAAUGAGACGGUUCAGUUUGCCAGGAGAUGUGGACAGAGCUCGACAGUACGUAUUACAGAGUGAUGGUGUGCAACAAACAACCUACCUCGCCCAGCGAUACUGCCAUGAAGCAGUAAGAGAGAUCAGUAAACUUCGACCAUCCCCAGAAAGAGAUGCCCUCAUUCAACUUUCAGAAAUUGUACUUACAAGAGAUAAAUGACAACUCUUUCUGUUCUAUCUGGCAGCUAUUUUACCAGACUGUGCCUAAAGAAUUUUGUGGAAUAUACUUUGUUUGCUUCAUAUGCAAAUAACCAAAAAUCAUUUUAAAAUAAUUCUGAUCUUAUUGAUGGGUAUUUUUUUUUUAUUGGCAAAGUUUUCCAGAAAUCUUUUUAAAUGUAAUUAAUUUAACUGCCUGAAUCUGUCAUAGAGUCCUUUAAAUUCUAACUGAGGUAUCUUGAUGAUUAUUCGUGGUAUUGUUUACACUGUUAAUAUCCACAUGUGAAGCCAUUACACAAAUAAAUAAUCAAUGUUAAAAUUCAAACGGUUUGUCCUAUUUCACCAUAGGAGUAGAGGUCAGAAAUUUGUGAAGUCAGGUCUGAAAUCCACAUUAUUUAUAUUUUAACAGUAUCCAAAAUUUCAUAUAGGAGAAUGGUUUAUUAUAAAAGACUGUACAUAAAAUUUAGACAACAGGUUAUAUACAAAUUAAGAGAACAUUCCACUUGAAAAAAGAAAAGUAGAAGGUAGCUAGUUGGUCGUUGAUGAUACUUUGAAAUUAACAAAGGCAAAAUGCAUAUGAAACAGUCACAUUGAAUUGGUAGUAAUAAUGGUCUUUAAUUUUCAGAAAUAAAAUGUUUUGCACUAGUCUCACCAUUCACUAUGCUGAUAAAUCUGUAACGCCCAGUACAUAACUGUAAUUUGAACUUCAAAUAAAUCCUCAAUACACAGAAACCCA